GGUCAUGAACCUAAUUGGUGAUGUAAAAGGGAAGGUGGCAAUAAUGGUGGAUGAUAUGAUUGAUACCGCUGGAACCAUUGUGAAAGGAGCAGCUUUGUUACACCAGGAGGGUGCUCGGGAGGUCUAUGCGUGCUGCACACACGCUGUUUUCAGCCCGCCUGCAAUAGAGCGAUUAUCAGGGGGAUUGCUUCAAGAAGUGAUAGUGACAAACACAUUACCAGUAGCAGAAAAAAAUUACUUCCCGCAGUUGACAAUUCUAUCAGUGGCUAAUCUUCUGGGUGAGACCAUUUGGCGUGUCCAUGAUGAUAGUUCCGUCAGUAGCAUCUUCCUCUGACCACCUCUCUCAUUGCCAACCAUUUGAACGGUUCUUGGUUUUUGUUAGUCGGGUGAAGGGUCGGUUUAGAAAAUUUAUCCCGGUUUAUGUUCUAACCGGCAAGCUUCACCAAAUUUGCUUGCUUUUGUCUUUUUGAUAGCUUUUUAGGCUUCUUCUUAUUUGCUCCACAUCACAUUAUGGAUACACCAAUUUGGUCUUGAACCUAUUUUUGAUUAUGGUAUUCACAAGCUUAAUAUAUCAAACUUCAUUUA